AUGAUAAAUCUGCUUCCAAUCAUUUUUUCCAUUCUGGUAAUGGUACAAUUUAUUCUUGGAAAUUUUUUCAAUGGCUUCAUAGCUCUGGUGAACUUCAUUGACUGGAUCAAGAGACAAAAGAUCUCCUUAACUGAUCGAAUUCUCACUGCUCUGGCAGUCUCCAGAAUUGGUUUGCUCUGGGUACUAUUAAUAAAUUGGUAUGCAACUGUGUUUAAAAGAGAUUUCUAUAAAGCAGAAGUAAGAAUUUUUGUUAUUAUUUCCUGGACAGUGACCAACCAUUUUAGCUUAUGGCUUGCUACUAUGCUCAGCAUAUUAUAUUUGCUCAAGGUUGCCAAUUUCUCUAACUAUAUUUUUCUUCAUUUAAAGAGGAAAGUUAAGAAUGUAAUUCUGGUCAUAUUGUUGGGGACUUUGGUAUUUUUAGUUUGUCAUCUUGUGGCAGGAACCAUGAAUGUGAGUAUGCGGCCAAGACAACAUGAAGGAAAUGUGACUUGGAAAACUAAACUGAGGGACGUUAUACACCUUUCAACUGUGACCGUUGCCACGCUAGUAAUCUUCAUACCUUUUACUGUGUCUCUGAUAUCUUUUCUGUUGUUAAUCUAUUCCCUGUGUAAACAUCUCAAGAAGAUGCAACUCCACGGCAGAGGAUCUCAAGAUACCAGCACCGAAGUUCACGUAAAAGCUUUGCAAACUGUGAUCUCCUUCCUCUUGCUAUUUGUUAUUUACUUUUUGUCUCUAGUCACAUCUUUUUGGAAUUCUGACAGAGUGUCACAGAGACCAGUCCUCAUACUCUGCAAGGCUUUUGGAAUCGUCUACCCUACUAGUCACACAUUUUUUCUGAUUUGGGGAAACAGGAAACUGAAACAGACCUUUCUUUCAGUUUUGUGGCAGUUGAAGUGCUGGCUGAAAGGACAGAAACUUUCAAUGACUUAG